AUGUCUACCAACAAGGACCAAACCUCGACCCUCUCGUCGUACGUAGACCAAGCCACCGGCGCCGUACAAAGCGCGCUCGGCUCCCUCACAGGCAGCACCGCCGACAAAUCCCAAGGCGAAACCCGCAAAGCCAACGCCUCCGCCGAACACACACUAUCCCACUCCGCCGCCAAAGCCGGUCCCUUCACCGUCUCGGGCUCGGGGGGCGUAGCAAAAGACGACUCGGACCGCACAGCCGGGUCCUGGAACCAGAACGUCGGCGCUGCGAAAGAGGCGCUAGGUGGGUUUGCCGGCGCAGAGGGCCUCAAGCAAGAAGGGAUUCAGCAGAAUCGGGCGGGCAAGGAGCAGGAGGCGCAGGGACAGUUGAGCGAUUUGGGGAAGGGGUUUGGGGAUCGUGUUGGGGGGACGGUUGGGGGGGCUGUGGCGGGACUGACGGGGAAUGAGGCGCAGAGGAGGGAGGCGCUGAGGCAGCAUGAUGAGGGGAAGGCGAGGCAGAGGGGGGUGGAGGUUGAUUUGCAGAAGCAGGCGCAGCAGUAG